UAUCUCCAUUUUUCCAAAACUCUGGCAAUAUUUUUUCACUUCCUUUAUCCUCAACAACAACAGUAAUGGGUUCCAUUUCUUUACUCGAAAAACCUCACGCCGUUUGCAUACCCUUCCCAGCUCAGGGACACAUAAACCCUAUGCUUAAACUAGCCAAACUGCUCCACUCCAGAGGGUUUCAUAUAACCUUCGUCAACACAGAGUUCAACCACAAACGCCUGCUCAAGGCUCGUGGACCAAACUCUCUUGACGGUCUGCCCUCGUUCCAGUUCGAAACCAUUCCCGACGGUCUCCCUCCCACCGACGUGGACGCAACCCAAGACAUACCCGCUUUGUGUUACUCAACUCCUAGGCAUAGCUUAGUUCCUUUCAAAAACCUUCUGGCCAAGUUGAACUCUUCACCAGUUGUUCCUCCGGUCACCUGUGUCGUCUCCGAUGGGGUUAUGAGCUUUACUCUUGACGCGGCUGAAGAGCUUGGUAUCCCUGAAGUUCUAUUCUGGACUACUAGUGCUUGCGGUUUCAUGGGUUACGUUCAUUACAAAGGACUCAUCGAAAGGGGUCUUACUCCAUUAAAAGAUGAGAGUUACCUUACAAAUGGGUAUUUGAAUACUCCAUUAGAUUGGAUACCGGGUAUGAAAAACAUCCGAUUAAGGGACAUACCAACCUUCAUAAGAACAACUGAUCCAAAUGAUAACAUGAUAAAGUUUAUACUGACCGAAAUCGAACGAGUACAGAAAGCUUCGGCAGUCAUUUUAAACACCUUUUACGAUCUUGAACACGACGUUUUGGACUCACUCAAGACCAUUCUGGCUCCACCCGUAUACUCAAUCGGCUCCCUCAGCCUCUUAGCCAAUCAAAUCCCCUCGACCAUUCCCAACUCCGUUGGGUCAAACCUCUGGAAAGAAGAUCUUACUUGCCUCGACUGGCUUGAUUCUAAAGAACCCAACUCAGUCGUUUACGUAAAUUUUGGGAGCAUCACCGUGAUGACGCCGGCUCAACUUAUUGAGUUCGCAUGGGGACUAGCCAACAGCAACAAAACGUUUCUUUGGGUCAUACGUCCAGACCUUGUCGCCGGCGAAACGGCGGUGCUUACGCCAGAGUUCGCGACGGCGACGGAGAACCGGAGUUUGUUAACGAGUUGGUGCCCUCAAGAACAGGUGCUGAACCACAAGGCCGUAGGGGGUUUCUUGACACAUAGUGGGUGGAACUCGACGCUGGAGAGUAUCUGCGGCGGCGUUCCGAUGCUGUGCUGGCCCUUCUUCGCUGAGCAACAGACUAAUUGCAGGUACAGUUGCGAAGAAUGGGGGAUUGGUAUGGAGAUUGAGAGUGAUGCCAAGAGAGAUGAGAUACAGCGUUUGGUGAUAGAGUUAAUGGAUGGAGAAAAGGGUGAAGCUAUGAAGAAGAAAGCUCAGUGGUGGAGAAACAUGGCGUUUGAAGCAACGAGCGCCGGUUCGGGUUCGUCUUUUGCGAAUUUUGAGAAGGUCGUUCAACACCUGUUACAAACUCAAGCUUUGACCGAUUAAGAGUUGAUUCCCUUCUCAACUUGGAAGUAGUUAUUAUUCAGUCUUUGACUAUAUAAUUCAUCUUGAAUGUUUUAUUUUAUUUUUAUUUUUAUUAAUAUUUUUUAUUUUUUUUAUAAUGUUAAUGGUUGAUUGUUAAAAAAAUUAGUCACGUAUGCAAUAACAUGUUUGAACCUA